GCCGACGUCCUCUCCUCUCCGUAGUGGUAGGACCCAUCACUUGAGACCAGCAGAGGCAGCCAAAUAUUUGACAAACUAGCAUCCGUUAGCCAGCUAGGAUUCAAAAUAAUACAGCUAUAAAAUAUAAUUUUCUCAACCUUGAAACGCGUACGUUUAUGCCCACGGUUCAGGUUUCCGUGUGAAAAGAAUGUCAACCCCAGCAAGACGACGUUUAAUGAGAGAUUUUAAAAGGCUGCAAGAAGAUCCUCCAGCAGGGGUUAGUGGGGCUCCAUCAGAAAAUAAUAUCAUGGUAUGGAAUGCUGUCAUUUUUGGACCAGAGGGAACACCUUUUGAAGAUGGAACCUUCAAACUCACCAUUGAAUUCACAGAGGAAUAUCCUAAUAAACCUCCAACAGUGCGAUUUGUCUCCAAAAUGUUUCAUCCAAAUGUCUAUGCAGAUGGAAGCAUAUGCUUAGAUAUUCUUCAAAAUCGUUGGAGUCCAACUUAUGAUGUCUCUUCAAUCUUAACUUCAAUACAGUCUUUACUGGAUGAGCCAAACCCAAACAGUCCAGCCAACAGCCAAGCAGCCCAGCUGUACCAGGAGAACAAGCGCGAGUAUGAGAAGAGAGUUUCUGCUAUUGUUGAACAGAGUUGGCGUGACUGUUGACCCCUGUGAUCGUUCACACAAGUACGAACAGUGUCCAGCCCGAAAUCAAAAGAAACCACAGAUCAAGAUAACAAACCUUCUUUCAGAAAUAAAAUGACAUAUCUUUGAAGCCUCCUCCAUAUAUUUGUCUGUCCCAUAGCUGUUGCUAAGUUUGUAUGCUGUUGUGUUGUGGCAUUCACUCCUGCAGGAUGCUGUUGUUGGGAAAUAGCGUGUUUGUUAAAGUAAAUGUACCUUGUAUCUGGGUUACUUGCUACAUGCCCCUCUUUCUUUCUUUUUUUUUUUUUUUUAAACAAAAGGCUGUCUGUGGAUUUUAGUCAUGUUCUCUGCCACUAAGUUAAUUGGUUGAAUGAUGUGGUAAUUAACAAUUAGAUGUGCUUGCCGUGUGGUUUGCCGUGUACAUAAAAAUUGCUCAUAUUUUUUAAUAAAUAUGGCAUUCAUGGGUGUUCCCUAUGGGCCCACUUUUUCCAGCUUAGUUUCUUUUUCUGCCUUUGAGAGGGAAUGGUUAAGACAAAAUUUAACCUGAUGUGGACAGCCACCCCUCCAACAGGUCGAGUCAAUCAAUGCCUUUGGGGUUCAUCAGACUAGAGCAGUGGUCCUUUUCUCCGGUUUGCACUUACAAGCCAUGCCUUUUGACUUAAAUGUUUUAGAAACAGUGACCGUGUCUCUCAGAGCAAAGCUUAACACCGUUCAUGUUCAAGAGACAUUUUGUGCCCCUUUCCUGGUGCACACCUUUGCUUUCACGCACAGAAAUUCACAGUGCUGACAAUUUAAGGCCAUGUGAAAGCAUUGCUAUGCUAUUUUCAAUUUUUUACACACAUUGGCUAUCAUAACGAAUAAGCUGAUUGUACUGUUUGAACAGGAUGGUGUCUUUUUUCAGAGUAUAAAACUUUGCACUGGUAACCCAUGUAACAAACUGUACAUUUUCUUCUUGUAAAUAAAAGAAAUAUACAUCA